AUAAUUAACAUUACUCAUUAAUUCAAUUUCCUUAACACUAAGACUUAAGAUCCUAAAAACAAAACCACAGGGCAGUUAUCCAGACUAGUUCAAUUUACGGAGGUCCCCUUUUUGUAUAGAAUUAUAUGUAAUUAAUUAUUUAUUUCAGAAAAUCGGCGUGGUAAAAAAUGGCGCAGCGACAUCCUGAAAUCAUAUCCUUCGCGAAUGGUUAUUUUGCCCUGGCUGAUGGUCUUGUUUCUGGUUUAAAAGACCACCUUGCAAAGGAUGUGGUUCUCGACUGGUUUGGGACAAUUAUCAGAGGAAGAAGACGCGUUGCGUUCUUCAUGGAGAAUUUUAGUAGAAAUUAUAGCCAUGUGUUCGAAGAUAUCCUUCCUAGAGAAGCGCUCGAUCAAAGCGAAUAUCGUUCCCACAAGCCUUCCGAUAGGAAAGAUAACUCCAUCGAUGACUCCAAAGAAUCGAACAGCUCCUCCGAAGAGACAAUGGGAUUGGAAAUUCUGGAGAAGUUAAACAUCUCGGAUGAUCUGAAAAUUGAAGAGCAGAAUGAAGGCACUGAGCAUAUGGAAGAGGAGCAAUUUGGGGACAGUGGCAUGACUAAUACCGAUCAUGAAAAGGAAACUGCAAUCAAGGCUCAUGAAGAUGAUUUCCAUCAAGGUGGCCCAGAAAUAGCGGGAAGCACGUCAUUGAAGUUCUUGGAAGCUAAUGGACAUAUCAAGUUCUCCAAACAUAGCAAACCAGCUGGCUGGAACAUUUAUGGUUUUCCAUCCACGGGGAAAUUCCAUGCCUCGGUUAAAAAAUGCAUUUUACAAAUUGCAUAUUCUCCUGUUAAAUGGGACUCUUCGUUUUCCUCGUCGAGCGCGAGGAAAGGCAAGGUCGAUGCUGCAGAAUUUCGACAAACAGGAAAAGAGAGAUUACCAAGCAUCGAGGAAAUCAACCAGCUGAGUAAUCGCCUGAUCCCGAAUGAGAAUAAUUUCGGCGGAUACUUCAAAUAUGUAGACUACUUCCAGGAGCAGAAUCAAUUGUUGGACGAGCUUCGGCAGGAAAUUAUGGAGAAGGAGGCUGGCCAGACUCCGCAGGCCCUGCGAUAUGUAAAGAAUAAAUUAAUUUUCCAAGAAGCAGAAGAAGAAAUCCAGUCACUACAGAGAAGCAAGGAAUUUGCAUUUAACUAUUCGAUACACCUGAUUGUCUAUAGAAAGGUUGUCAAGAAAGAGUACGAUCAGCCAUGUGGGACCGAAGAGCAAGUCCAGGACUAAUGAACAAUAUUAAUAUAGAUAUAAACAUUAUUAAUACCAAGAGUAAUAACAAAACUCAUCUUGAUUUUAAUCCCACUCGAUGGCUGGCCCUGCGAAUAGAUUUUGUUUCUUUAAUUUUUAUUUUCACUUUCACCUGCCCUUUAGAUUUCCCUUUUUACUUACUGUUACUUUAAUAAUUAAAUGGAGAUAAACAAUUA